AGGCUAUUGCUCAUCCCCAGGGAAGGCAGGCAGGCCUGGCCAUUGCUCUGCAUCCUGCGGCUUGGCCUUCAACGAUGCACCUCCUGCCAGAGUUGUAAUGAGUUUUCAUCCUCUUCACUGACUCCCUGAAGGGCCCAGCCCUGUCCGUUGAGAACCUUUCUACCUGAUUUAGCUGUCUAUAAUAGAAACAGUUACUGGAGACUCCCGGAUUCCGAUUCCCUGUUUUCCGAGGUCUCGCUAGGUAAUUUAUCAGAGGCACUUAUGCAGCCUUGUUUCCCCGAUCUCAAACUGACGCCCCCUCUCCAUCUGGAACACUGUCUAGCUCUCGCCGCCCCUGCCUUCCCAGAAGCCCGCUAAUGUGAGGGGCCCUGAAGCUGAAGACCCAGCAACUUCCUACAAUCCUGCCACCGACGAGAAUGAAUGGUCCUUCCAGGGCGGGCGCCAUGUCGUCCUGGGUCCCGCGCAUCCAGCUCAGGGCGAGCUCGGAACUGAGGCUUGGCCCGUCGGGCCGCCGGUGCGCCCUAAGGUCACGCGUGAUUCGGCGAUCCGUGCGGCUACACUGGGAGGAGUGCCUGGGAGUGAUGUCCUCCCUGCCGCCGGGAAGGGCGCCGCUAGCCUUUGACACAGCCCGACUUAAGGACACUCUCAGGCCGAGUCUCCACGGUUGCGCCCUCCCUAACGGUCGACGUACCCCGAUAGGAGAAGAGCUCGCGGUCCCAUCCCCGCGGAUCAACAGAAGGUAGAGCGCCCGCGAGGCCGCCACCGGAAGUUUCUUUCAGAGAAAAGAAAAGAACAGCGGAAGUAGGCUGACCACACUGCUUCCGCUGCGGCCUCAAGACGGCUCUCCUACUGUCUCGGGAAAGGGGAGGCGCUCCACAGCUCACUUCCGUCGUGAGCGUAGCGCCUCGGCUCCCCGGGCGGCCGCCCCCCCCAGUCUUUGGACCGCCCAAGCCCUUCCCAGUCUCCCAGGCCGGAAGUGACACGUGCAUUACGUGCUUGGGGCGGGGCCUCCGGAAGAAGCGUUUAAGAGCCGGCAUCUCGCGAGACCAUUCUGUUCUUGCGCAGCUCUCGCGCUCACCUCUCUGGUCGCUACGAGAUCCUUCGAGAUCUUCUCCACCCCCGCUACCGGCGCCUCUUCUGCUGCCGCUGAGCCAGAACCGGCCUGAGUGGCGCCUCACUCUGCAGUUCUCUCCCUAAGGACCCAGGCGCUUGCGUGGACGCUGGUCCCCCAGUAGCCUCGGUCCCCCAGUCCACGCGGCCUGCUUCCCGCGCGCCAGUCCCGUCAGGGUCCGUGUCCUGUCUCCGUGACCGGACCCGGGCCCGAGCCCGAGCAGUAGCCGGCGCCAUGUCGGUGGUGGGCAUAGAUUUGGGCUUCCAGAGCUGCUACGUCGCCGUGGCCCGUGCCGGCGGCAUCGAGACGAUCGCUAACGAGUAUAGCGACCGCUGUACGCCGGCUUGCAUUUCUUUUGGUCCUAAGAAUCGUUCAAUUGGAGCAGCAGCUAAAAGCCAGAUAAUUUCUAAUGCAAAGAACACAGUUCAAGGAUUUAAAAGAUUUCAUGGGCGAGCAUUCUCUGAUCCCUUUGUGGAGGCAGAAAAGUCUAGCCUUGCGUAUGAUAUUGUGCAGUUGCCUACUGGAUUAACAGGUAUAAAGGUGACAUAUAUGGAAGAAGAGCGAAACUUUACUACUGAGCAGGUGACUGCCAUGCUUUUAUCCAAGUUAAGAGAGACAGCAGAAAGUGUUCUUAAGAAGCCUGUUGUUGACUGUGUAGUUUCGGUUCCCUGCUUCUAUACUGAUGCAGAAAGACGAUCAGUGAUGGAUGCAACACAGAUUGCCGGUCUCAAUUGCCUGCGAUUAAUGAAUGAAACCACUGCAGUUGCUCUUGCAUAUGGAAUUUAUAAACAAGAUCUUCCUGCCUUAGAAGAGAAACCAAGAAAUGUAGUUUUUGUAGACAUGGGACAUUCUGCCUAUCAAGUUUCUGUGUGUGCAUUUAAUAGAGGAAAACUGAAAGUUUUGGCUACAGCGUUUGACACAACACUGGGAGGCAGGAAGUUUGAUGAGGUGUUAGUAAAUCACUUCUGUGAAGAAUUUGGGAAGAAAUACAAGCUAGACAUAAAGUCUAAAAUCCGUGCAUUAUUACGACUAUCUCAAGAAUGUGAGAAACUCAAGAAGUUGAUGAGUGCAAAUGCUUCCGACCUCCCUUUGAGCAUUGAAUGCUUUAUGAAUGAUGUCGAUGUAUCUGGAACUAUGAAUAGAGGCAAAUUUCUGGCAAUGUGUGAUGACCUCUUAGCUAGAGUGGAGCCGCCACUUCGUAGUGUUUUGGAGCAAGCCAAGUUAAAGAAAGAAGAUAUUUAUGCAGUGGAAAUAGUGGGUGGUGCCACACGAAUCCCUGCAGUAAAAGAGAAGAUUAGCAAAUACUUCGGGAAAGAGCUUAGUACAACAUUAAAUGCUGAUGAAGCUGUCACUCGAGGCUGUGCAUUGCAGUGUGCGAUUUUAUCGCCUGCUUUCAAAGUCCGAGAGUUCUCCAUUACUGACGUGGUGCCGUACCCAGUGUCUCUGAGGUGGAGCUCUCCAGCUGAAGAAGGCUUAAGUGACUGUGAAGUCUUUUCAAAAAAUCAUGCUGCUCCUUUCUCCAAAGUCCUCACAUUUUAUAGAAAGGAACCUUUUACUCUUGAGGCUUAUUACAGCUCUCCUCAGGAUUUGCCUUACCCAGAUUCUGCAAUUGCUCAGUUUUCAGUUCAGAAAGUCACCCCCCAGUCUGAUGGCUCCAGUUCCAAAGUAAAGGUCAAGGUUCGUGUAAAUGUCCACGGUAUCUUCAGUGUGUCCAGUGCAUCCCUCGUGGAAGUGCACAAGUCUGAGGAAAACGAGGAACCAAUGGAGACUGAUCAAAGUGCAAAGGAGGAGGAGAAGAUGCAAGUGGACCAGGAAGAGCCACAGGUUGAAGAGCAACAGCAGCAGACACCAGCAGAAAAUAAGGCAGAGUCUGAAGAGAUGGAGACAUCUCAAGCUGGAUCAAAAGAUAAAAAGAUGGACCAACCACCUCAAGCUAAGAAGGCCAAAGUGAAGACCAGUACUGUGGACCUGCCCAUUGAGAACCAGCUGCUGUGGCAGAUAGACCGGGAGAUGCUCAACUUGUACAUUGAAAAUGAGGGUAAAAUGAUCAUGCAGGACAAGCUAGAGAAGGAGCGGAAUGAUGCCAAGAAUGCGGUGGAGGAAUAUGUGUAUGAAAUGAGAAACAAGCUCAGUGGUGAUUACGAGAAGUUCGUGAGUGAAGAUGAUCAUAAUAGUUUUACCUUGAAACUAGAAGAUACUGAAAACUGGUUGUAUGAAGAUGGAGAAGAUCAGCCAAAGCAAGUUUAUGUAGAUAAAUUGGCCGAAUUAAAAAGUUUAGGUCAGCCUAUUAAGAUCCGGUUCCAGGAAUCUAAAGAAAGACCGAAGUUAUUUGAAGAACUGGGGAAACAAAUCCAGCAGUAUAUGAAAGUCAUCAGCUCUUUCAAAAAUAAGGAGGACCAGUAUGAUCACUUAGAUGCGGCUGAUGUGGCAAAGGUGGAAAAAAGCACGAACGAGGCAAUGGAGUGGAUGAAUAACAAGCUGAACCUGCAGAGCAAGCAGAGCCUGACGGUGGAUCCCGUUGUCAAGACAAAGGAAAUAGAAGCUAAAAUGAAGGAGCUGACGAGUAUCUGUAACCCUAUAAUUUCAAAGCCCAAGCCCAAAGUGGAACCUCCAAAAGAGGAGCAAAAAACUGCUGAGCAGAAUGGACCAGUGGAUGGCCAAGGAGACAGCCCAGGCCCGCAGGCUGCCGAGCAGGGUGCAGACACAGCUGUGCCUUCGGAUUCGGACAAGAAGCUUCCAGAAAUGGACAUUGAUUGAUUCCAACACUUGUUUAUAUUAAAACAGACUGUUAUAAAGCUUUAAGUUGUCAACUUUGUUCUAAAUAUCAACUAGAGCAAGUGAAUGCUGGAGAUUUCUUAGUCAAUUUUUAGGGAAUUUGGGGGGUGGGGGUAUAGGUAAUGUAUGGAGCAUUUUGAUUUCUAAAUAGUUAGGUACAGAAAUGAAGUGCAUUGUAUCUUUUUCAUAAUGGUACUAUUUAGAAGCCCAGGUAGUCUUACUGAGCUUACGCUUCAUUCCUUUUAUGUUUAAUCAUGUUCUACAACAGUACAUGUGUUUUGGAAAGUUGAACUAUAGGCAGAGCUGAACUUGGUUACGAGACAGGCUUUUCAUUGUGACGUGUGUACCAGGAGUUCUAAAUGUGCUUUGCACUCUGUUGUGGCACUCGCCCAAAGGGCUUCCUGCCUGGUGUGGGUGGAUUGGGGUUCCCUCUGUUUGUGAGGGCACAGUGCGGCCUGGCGUGGGCGAGCACAGCAGAGCAGCGGAGGCCACCCUGUCUUUACGGUUCAGCUCCUCCCUGCCUAAGCCCUGCCCUCUGUCCCCAAGGAGUACCCACUGAGAGUGCUGCAAGCUGCUCUUGGGAACGUACCCCCACUUCCCCCCAGCUAGAUAUAAAUGGAUCUUUAGGACCUGGAGGUGCUUCCUGACUUGAGAUGCGUGUACUUAUGCCCUGAAAUGAAGGUCUGAGUACUUUUCAUAAGGUUAGAGUUGGGUAGAUACGCUUUUGUUACAGGCAUGGGAAAUGUACUGAGGAGUCAUCCCUGUUCCGUAUGGGGUAAAGUCAGCGUCCUGGCUGCUUAUUGAGGCGGGAUGCUCUGUGCAAGCUUGAGGUGUGGCUCAGACUCUUGGGAUGAGACUUAACUCCUUUUCAGCUCACUCACCGUCGUAUUGUUAAUAUCUGUCACCAACCUGUCAGUUUGUGUUAAAACAGUUGACAGAGCAUAAAAAUACUAAGAUACACUGGAUUGUACUGGACGAGCCUGAAGUUAGUGUUACAGAAAUGUGCCUGGAGGUGCAGGUGCAGCCGCAGCGUGUUCUUAACUGCAUCCCCCUGGCUGCUCUCAGGGCAGCAUGGAUGGAGAGAGGGGGGUGAGGCUUUUAGGGAACUUCAAGGGAAGCCUGUAUUAGAGGCCAGAUGUGGUACCUGCCUUAUUUUAGAAACGUGGCAAACUUUGUUGGUUUUAUUUUGGACAUUUGUAAUAAUGGAGUCUAUGUAACAGUGUGUCUCUGUUAGUUUUGGCGUAUGUUGUUCCAAAUAAGAUUAUACCUUGCAUAG